UUGGGGAAGGUGGGGAUACGUUAGUAAAAAAUGGGAAUUUGCUCGGGUAAGUGUAGUAAUAUUGUGCAUUGACUAAUUUGCCCUCGUGAUGGUCUAAGACUAAGACUGACAUAUGGAGAAGAAAUGGAAGAGAAGGAUGAGGGGAAAAUGUUUGCCUCAGAAAAGAGCCUUAUCUUUAACAAGCUCUCCCCUUAUCUGUUUGUGAAGAAAAAUGGCAGAGAUUUUGGAACCAUAUCAGCUAAGAGGAGAGAUUUACCUGAAGACCCUUCAACCCAGGAACAAUUCAUCUUCUCAUUGAGGGUCAAAAUUUCAAACCCAAUUGUUGCUGGGUCUGUGGUUGCAGUGUUGGGAUUAGGGUUCAUUGAUGCGGGGUACAGUGGAGACUGGUCAAGGAUUGGAGUGAUCUCAAAAGAGAGUGAGGACUUGCUAAAGGUUGCUGCCUUUGUAGUUGUUCCCUUGUGUGUUUUUCUCAUAAUUUCUUUUUUCAAAGAACAAGAAGAUUGAAUCUUGAGUUGGGCUAUUUUAUUGUAUUUUGAAUGUGAUAAUGAUCAAAUGAGGUCUGAAUUGUAGAGUCUUUCAUUCUUUAGUAAUAUUUUUUGGGUGGAAAGAAGAAGGUGAAGUUGUUGGGAAA